CGCCGUCGUUCCGACGAGCCCGCGCCGGAACUGUGGACCGAGCUGACCGGCCGGGCCGCUUGCUCCGAGUCUACGGAUGGGCCGGAAGGGGGACCCGAGGGCCGUCCCCCCGAAGUGUCCCUAGAAGAGGCCCUCGUGCGCCUCGCUGAGUUCCUCUCCGGCCAGUUGGGGGCGGAAGAAAGUUGCGGGGAUCCUCCCGACCUGGGCAAGCCCCGGGAUGUUCCCCCACUCUUGGCAGUGACCAGUCAACUCCUGGCCCUUCUGGCGUGGAUUCGGAGCCCCAGAGGGAGGCAGACCUUGCUCCAGGGCACUCAGGCAGCCUCACGGGUGCAGCCCCCAGCUCCAGAUGGAUCCGCAUCCCAAGAGGAAAGCCCUUCCCACCCCACUGCAGCCCCAGGUGAGGCACCAAGGGGCGAGGUUCAGGCCCAACAGCCUCUCCAGUUGGAAGAGGACCAGAGAGCUUGGCAACGGCUGGAGCAGCUCAUCCUUGGACAGCUGGAAGAGCUGAAGCAGCAGCUGGAACAGCAGGAGGAGGAGCUGGGCAGACUGCGCCUGGGAGUGGGGGCAACAGACUCAGAGAAAAGGGUCCAGCAUUUAACUUUGGAGAACAAGGCCCUGAAACAGAGCUUGAGCCUCACUCGAGAUCUGCUGCUGCACUGGGGUCCUAGCGCCCCGGCCAGGGCACCACAGGAGGAAGCCGAGGCACUGGUAGAGCUCCAGGUCCAGCUGCAGGAGGCCCAGGACACCACAGAAGCCCUGCGAGUCCAGCUGGGGGUGCAGGAGGUACAGCUGCAGGGCCUUCGGAGGGCUCUCCAGCAGCUCCAGCAGGAGACAGAGCGAAACUGCAGAUGGGAGCUGCAGCAGGUGCACGGGCAGCUGGCAGGACUUCGGGCACGGAUGGCCAGCCUACGUCAGGGCUGCGGGGACCUCAGAGGACUGGUCAGCACCUUUACCCAGAGCUGUCAGGGUUCGCUAAGUGAGGCCCGGGGCCAGGUAUCCUGGGCUCUGGGGGCACUGUCAGCUGGAGGAACUGGGACUCAGCUCCCUGAGGGGCAGCAGGGGGCUCCAGCUGGAUGCCCGGGGCGGCCGCUGGAGCUCAAGGGAAAUAUCCGUGUGUUGUGUCGGUUGAGGCCAGGGACACUCUCUAGCUUCCUAAGUGUGGAUCCUGGCCCAAGGGGCACCAUCACCACCUGCUAUCGAGGGCGCCAGCGUCGCUUCCGCCUAGACUGGGUCUUCCCUCCAGACGCCAGCCAGGAGGAGGUCUUCAGGGAGCUGGAGCCAGCUGUGCUGUCCUGCCUCCGCGGCUACAGUGUCUGCAUCUUCACCUACGGUCAGACCGGGACGGGGAAGACCUACAGCAUGGAGGGCCCACCUGAGGACCCAGGCAUAGCUCCUAGGGCUCUGCAGUCGCUGUUCCGGGAGAUGGGGGUUGGAGGGCAGCACCGCGUUACCCUCAGCAUGGUGGAGAUUUACAACGAGGCUGUCAGGGACCUCCUGGCCCCAGGGCCUCUGGAACGCCUGGCUGUGAGGCAGGGCCCAGAAGGCCAGGGGGGAAUCCAGGUGGCUGGUCUCACCCACUGGGAUGUGCCCAACCUGGAGACGCUGCACCAGAUGCUGAGCCUGGGGAGGAGCAACCGGGCCACCGCCGCCACCGCCAUGAACCCCCACAGCUCCCGCUCACACGCCCUGGUCACAUUGACGCUGCGCGCGGCGUCUCCACCGCGCGCUCCGGACACCGCAGGCACGCUGCACCUGGUAGACCUGGCUGGAUCCGAGCGCGCAUGGAAGGCGGGGGCGGUCGGCGCGCAGCGGGGAGACCCUGACGGCGCCGGGGGUUUGCGCGAGGCCCAGACUAUCAAUCGCUCGCUGUUGGCGCUAGGAGGCGUGAUGGCCGCGCUGCGGGCCCACCGGCCGCACGUGCCUUUCCGCGACUCGCAGCUCACGCGCCUGCUGCAGCCGGCUCUCGGCCCCGGCACUACGGCUGCGCUGCUGCUGCAGAUCUCCACGCGACCGGAGGAUCUCGGGGAGACCGUCUGCUCCCUCAAGUUCGCCGAACGGGUCGGCCGAGUGGAGCUGGGGCCAGCCCGGCGCCGCAGGGUCUCGCGCUCCGGGACGCCCUCAUCCCUCAGUACCGACACCCCGCUCAGCGGCACCCCCUGCACUCCUACGCCGUCCCCCAGCAGCCCUCCAAGCCCCAGCCCCGACAGCGGCUCCGGCUCGGCCCUUGCGCCCCUAGAGGGCCUGCCCCAGUAGUCCUGAGUCGCGGCCCUCCCACGGGGUCUGGGAAUGCGCGCCUCUGCUGGCAGAGGCAGCGGAGAAGUCGCUACAUCCCGCCUCCCAGGGCACAACUUCGACCUCUCGGGGCCCACUGUCCCCCACACUUCCAGAGUUACCUCCCCCGCUCCCCAGCCAGUGAAGAGUGUGCCUGGAGAAAUGAUUGCCCCUUCCCCCACCUCCCAUGAAGUCACAGGCCCUCAGCUCCCUUCUUAUCACCAUUUGCUGUUAUCAUGGCACACAGCAGGGAAUCCCAGAGCCGCAGGAGCCAGACCCCAGCCAAGUGGUUACCCAAGUCACCACCCCUGCCCCCUAAAUCGGACUUGGCAUUAAAAUGUUGUAAAUUCCUUUAUUAUUAUCUUCCCCACCACCAGCAAGACCAUGUAGGAUCCAGUUUUUAUUCGCUAACCCCUUUCACCCAAAAGAUGCUACCUCCUUCCCAGACAGUUGAGGGAGAGCAUGACUUCAGGCUGGAUCCACUAUUAGGUUCUUCCUCCCCCAGCCUGGAGCCAGGGAGGGGAGGUGACAGAUGGUGAUGGAUGGAUGAUGGUGGUCCUGAGAAGAUAGAACCAGGAAGGGCUACUCCAGGCUGAUCCCUGCUCCUCCAGCCUUGCCUCUCUGGGUGUGGGAGAGGCAGAGGCAUGACUGGCCAGGGCCAGGGUUGUGCCCAGCUGGGCCACAGACCUUUGUGGGGUUGUCCAAUAAACAUUGUGUACUCUCA